AUUUGAAACUACUUGUCAAAUAAUUGGCUACAGGCAUCAUGUUUAUUUGACAAGGAAAAAUGUAAAUUAAAGAAAGAGAGAAAUAAGGAAGAUAUGGUUGUGAAAAGUAAGAAAGAGGUCCUAAAAACGAUAAGGGAAAGUUGGUUGAGGAAGCUAAGGUUAUAAGGAGUAGUGAGAAAUAGUUUUCCAUAUUCAUAGUGAGAAGAUCAUGUUUGAAGAGCAGGUGAUGAUUGAUGAGAUCCCUCCUCCUUUCCAAUUCGGAUGCCUUGAAUCUUUGAACAAUAAUAACAAUAAUAAAGCUUUCCUUGGUGCCAUAGCUUCUCCACCACCAGAUCUCGUCACUUCUUCUUGUUUGGGGGCAAAUAAUAAUUCAUGGGCAUGGGGUCAGGUAACAGCAGAAGAUUGUGUGAUGAUGAUGAGGGUGGGUAACAAAAGAGGAGGAGAUGUUCAUAGCCAUGUAGGGUUAGGGAUUGCAGCGAUGAAGAUGAAAAUGAAGACGACCAAAGUGAGAAGGAAGGUGAGGGAGCCUAGGUUUUGCUUCAAGACCAUGAGUGAUGUCGAUGUUCUCGACGACGGUUACAAAUGGAGAAAGUACGGCCAGAAAGUCGUCAAGAACACACAACACCCCAGAAGCUACUACCGUUGCACAGAAGAAAAGUGUAGAGUGAAGAAACGAGUGGAGCGCUUAGCUGAGGAUCCAAGGAUGGUUAUAACAACGUAUGAAGGAAGACAUGUUCAUUCUCCCUCCAACGACCUCCAAGCAUCCGAAACUACUUCUCAACUCACCGAUUUCCUGUGGUAGUAAUUGUCACCAGAUCCAACAUCAUGCCAUCAUAUUUUACAUCUUUAUGUAUGUACAUCAGCAUGUACUAUAUAUAAUAUUCUAGUACGUGUAUCUACAAAUGAUGAUGCAUCACCAGCCACUUGCAAAAGCCACGCCUUAAAUUAACUGUGCCUGUACCUUUUUAGUUCUUUUUAAGUUUCAAGUACCCCAUGAUGAAUGCAUUAUGUUAUACUGAGACUUGGUGUAAUUUUAUAAACUCUAACAAACCAGCAAUAAUCUUA